GGGUUGUCUCUAAAAUUAAUUCAAGAUGGCUAUGAGUAGAAUGAAAACAAAUGUGCGGUUACCACCAGAGGUGAACCGCAUAUUAUACAUCAGAAAUCUUCCAUACAAGAUAACAGCUGAGGAAAUGUAUGAUAUAUUUGGAAAAUAUGGAGCAAUUAGGCAGAUAAGAGUUGGAUCAACACCAGAGACCAAAGGCACAGCUUUUGUUGUUUAUGAAGACAUUUUUGAUGCCAAGAACGCUUGUGAUCAUCUGUCGGGUUUCAAUGUGUGUAACAGAUAUCUUGUUGUGCUUUACUACCAGCCAAAUAAGGCUUUCAAAAAGAUGGACACUGAGAAAAAGAAAGAUGAACUUGACGCUAUGAAAUCUAAAUAUGGACUGAGUACACCUCAGAAAAAAUGAGAUAUAUUAUCAAA